CCAUUAAUUGUUUCUAUGAUGCAUAAAAUGUCAGACGGGAUGGUGAAACGCGUUCACAUUCAUAACAACAGAGGAGGGAGGGGGUCGGUGUCGAGCUCCAGCGGCGCCAGCGGUGGCGGCGGGGGAGAGAUUUCUGUACAGGUGUCCUGAUUUUUUCAUUCUCCCCCUUCUUCAUCAUCAUCAUCAUCAUCAUUCUGACACCUCGGAGACAAGACCCGACUGUAAGCUGCCUAACACUGCUAAGGAGGAAUCAAAGCUGAUAAAAAUAAUUAAACGAUCCGCCUUGAAAUCCGAAGGAAAGAAGAGGAAGAAGGGAAAAAAAGAGCAGCGGCGGAGAAGAUCUCUCUGCCCGUCUGGAUGAGAGACCCCCGCUGGGUGAAGACACGCAGUGGAAGCCCGCCGCCGAGGACCGGAGCCGCGGCUGGGAUGGAGACGGAGCGCGGCGCGGCGGAGGCGGCAGCGUCAUCCGGCAAAUUAUCGCCUCGCUGAUCAUCUUUGCGUUUUUAGGCGACAGAUUAGCGGCUGGUGGUGAUAUAAAAAAAAAAUUGUGUCCGCUCUCGCCGCUGGAGGCUGGCACGGUGGCAUCUGCUGUCGCCGACUUCCAUUUUUUUUUUUUUUUUUCAUUCAGCAGAUGUCGGCGGCAGGAAGGAGGUGGAGGAGAAGAAGGGGCCUGUUUUUUUUGGUGAAGCCUUCGGGGGAUUAAUCGCCAUGAACGGCGAAUCGCUGUGGGUUAUCUUCAGCUGCUCGCGGAUGACACGCGUGGGCAGCUUUCGCGCCUUGUGGGGGGUGUUGUCACUUUGGAUGAAGUGCGUUUAAAAACAAUGUGAGCUGUGCGCCGAAACCCGCUGAGGAAGGAACAGGCUGCUGCGCCCCGCUGCAGCAGAUGGGCAGGUUCUAGGUUCGGAUCGGCAUGGCACCGACCUGACACCCGGUCAACGCUCCGCCGCCGGGGGGCCCCCAUCUGGAACAUGUCAAGCUCCCAGGCACCUGCUCUGGCCUCCAAUUUCACCGACGUCCUUCCCCCGGAGUCCGGCUCCGGUCGGGACCCGGCGUGGUCCUCCUCGGCGGACAGCGUGGCGAGAGUGGUGCUCAUAUCUGUGAUCGUGUGCCUCUCCUUGUUCGGGAACGUGGUCGUUCUCCUGGUGUUCCAGAGGAAGCCCCAGCUCCUUCACGUCGCCAACCGCUUCGUCCUCAACCUCCUCUUGGCGGACCUCCUCCAGACCGUCUUGGUCAUGCCCUUUGCCAUCGCGGCCGCCUUGCCAGGCGUGUGGCCCCUGGAUGCCCGGCUGUGCCAAGCUCUCGUGGUGCUCAUGCACCUUUUUGCGUUCACCGGGGUCAACACCAUCAUAGUUGUGUCGGUGGAUCGCUAUUUGGCCAUCAUUCACCCUCUAUCCUACCCGACCCGCAUGACCCCGCACUUGGGCACCAACCUGAUCGCUGCCACCUGGGUGCUGAGCUUCCUGCAGAGCACCCCCCCUCUCUACGGCUGGGGGGUCAUAGACUUUGACCGGCGCUGCAAGGUCUGCACGGUGUUGUGGUCCUCCAGCUUGUCCUACUCCGCCGUGGUGUCCACCUUUUCCUUCUGGCUCCCCGUGCUGAUCAUGCUGGCGUGCUACUGGAUGGUGUUCAGAGCGGCGCGCAGACAGAACGCCCUGGUGCAUCCCGUACAGACGCAGUCCUACUCCCAGCCCUGCCAGCAGGAGUUCCAGGGCCCCGGCAGCCCACAGCGGCUGUCCUUACCCCAGCAGGCGAGUUCCCCCGGGGGCCCCUACGCGGGCCGGAGACACCCCGUCCGGGUCAGACACAGGCGGUUCCACUACCACUGCAAGGCCGCCCGCGUGGUCUUCGUCAUCAUGGCCUCGUACAUCUUCAGCAUGGGUCCCUACAGCAUCAUGAACACCAUAUCGAUGAGCGCCGGAGCCGCCGUGCCGCCGUGGUUCUCCUCCGUCGCCCUCGUGCUCUUCUUCCUGCAGUGCUGCCUACAUCCGUACAUCUACGGCUACAUGCACCGCAGCGUGAGGAAGGAGUUCCUGGCGUUGCUGUACGGGAUGCUCUGCAAGCAGGGCCGCCCGCGCCAGAGCUCCACGGCGGAGAGCUGCUUCGCCGCGGCGGAGGGGCGCGCCGGCGCUCACCCUCACCUCCCCAGUCUGGCUGCCCGAGUCUUCCCCCUGCAGACGUGGGAAGAGUGCACGACGUCCUACUCUCCCACUUGUGAGAGGAAGUCAAAGGACAGCCGUAGAGAGACCACCUCGACCAGUUUCAGCUCGGAGAGGGAGCUCCCCGUUCACGAGAGGCAAAGCUCGUGAUCUAGCCUAACAGACGAGAAGUCCUUAUUUACUCUGUGUGAAGAGUUUUCUUUCUAGUUGGGCAGUUCUAAAUGUGGACCUAACCUGUUGAGAUUGUAAGUGACGGUACUGAAUUCUUCACCUUUCAUUCGUCAAUCUUUUGAUGGGUUGUGUUAGAAAAAAAGGAUAGCGGAGGAUUUUUUUUUCUUUUGAAGAGAGGUUUUCUUAAAAUGUUACAAAAAAAAAAAAGCAGAUAAUAUCUUAAUUGUAGUAACGACCCUAGGCGUCUUUGUUCAUUUUAGUUCCACAGUCCAUAACCUGGCAGCAGACUCCAACGGUCUUAAAACAGCAGAGGCGUUCAUGUGAACGCUGUUUUAUAAACCUUUGAACUAUUUCAAUGCUGGCAUUAGGUGGUCAUUUUCCCAGAAGCUGGUGUCUAGGGUCUGCUCCAUUUGAAGCUGAAGCUCAGAUCUAGGAGAGGCGUCUACUCCAAGCGUUUCCUUAAUACACUUUGGGAAACCAGCUGGAUCUGCUGUUUGUUGCAGCGGCAACCAACGAAACACCAUUAGAUCUCUGUUUUACGCAACCCAAACCUUAAAGGAGCAUUCUCACCAGGUGAGGUUGUACAGCGCCGUGUGCGUUACUGGUAUAAUGACAUGCGUGUCUGAAACGCUAACAUUAGACUCUACCUUAAACUUUCCCUACAUCCCAUGUAGGGGAAGCUGAAUUUUGGGGGCCUCCAACUUCAGGGGAAGCUUCAAAAACACUCCAACCUGUGUCAUCAAAGCUGGCCUGUAACACCCGCCUCGACUCACCAGUUGGGCUGGGGAAUAUUACGAGAUAA